AGACAACCACCGGUCAUAUUGUUCAUAUUGGCAAAAUGGCGGACAUUCAGAAGACUCCCUUUGUGAGGGAGCUUGCCUCAAGCGACCGCAAAGUCCGCGACAAGGCCCUCGAGUCCCUCACAUUAUUCUUGCGCUCGCGUAACGAUCUCUCUCUUGUGGACCUCGUCAAGCUAUGGAAGGGUCUCUUCUUCUGCUUCUACCAUUCUGACCGACCUCUCACGCAACAAGCCCUCGCCCGCGCGCUCUCCUACUCCCUCGUCCCCUCUCUCCCUCAUGCUACCCUCCACCGCUUCCUGCGCGCCUUCUGGAUCACCAUCGGUCGGGAUUUCCACUCCCUGGACCGCCUACGACUGGACAAGUACCUCUUCCUGAUCCGUUGCUACGUCGGCGUCGCAUUCGAGAUCUUCGUAAAGGGCCCCAACAAGACCGACAACGGAGACGCCAAGAAGCGCAAGCGCCAGGACAACGGCAAGCAGGGCCGCGGCAAGAAGCAAAAGAAGCAAACCGAGAGCGAGCCCGCUCCCGCAGAGACUGAGACUGAAGAAGGAGAUGGCAAAUGGGCCGAUCUCGAGGCUUAUAUCUCCAUCAUCGAGGAAGGCCCUCUUUGCCCUGUCAACUUUGACCCCGAUCAAUCAUCCAAGCCUGUUGUUGAUGAGAAAGAUCCGAACUUUGUUCCUAUGCCGCAUGGACCGGAUGGACUGCGCUAUCACCUGAUUGACCUCUGGGUUGAUGAGUUGGAGAAAGUUCUGGAGUUUGAUGGCGAUGAGGUUGACGAGGAGGGUGAGCCGAAGAAUAGGAAGAUCAACGGUGAUGUGCCUAUGGAGUUGCUUUUGCGGCCUUUGGAGAAGUUGCGUACGGAGAGCCCAUACAAGCCUGUCCGGACAAGAGCAAUUGAUGCUCUUGAUGAUGACCGGUUGGUGGAGUGGGGAAUCCGUACGAGGGAGGUGGAAGAGGAGGAAGAAGAUAGUGAGGGAGAGUGGGGUGGUUUCGAUGACUAGUGGGUGCAAAAAAAGCCCACUGGUCUCGAGUUUCUGUACAGCAUACCUAUUUAUAGCGAAACAUGAAUCUGAUUCAAAG